AUGGGGUCACGAAGAAAUGGAGGAGAAGGGAGAAGGGAGAAGGGUUCUAUACCUAUGGAGCGCACAAAGUCUCAGGAGGAUUACAGUGGCAAACGAAAGCCUGGCGAAGGCAAAGAGGGUCUGGCUUCUAUUUCGGAAGGGAGUGUAAAGAAAAAAGUUAGGGUUAAUCCUGACCAAAGUAAUUCAACUAUGGUAGAUAUGGAAGAGCUAACGGUGGGUGCUGGGAUCCAGUCCCACCAAUCUCCAUGA